GGUUUAAAUGAAAAAAUGAACAAAAAACCAAAGGGGAAGGAUCAUUGUUAAAGAUUACAGUGAUAAGGUACGGGGUUAAACAUUUAACAGCAAGGAGUGAAAAAACAGAUUUCGGAGUUUAGAGUGUACCAGACCAGGAAUGUUUGUUUUAUUUUACUUUUAUUUUAUGAAAUGAAAUAGGGCAAGUACAAAUGAAAGCAAAUUGCAGGUAUGGGACUAGCUGAUUGCAUAGCAGGUUCCUAACCUCUGCUAUUGGUAGUAUAAAUAAAAGCAAACUGCUUUUCAUGCCCGGCAAUUCAGUCGAUGGCUGAGUCCUCGUCCCAUGGUCAUCAUCUUCUUGUGUGACUGACAGUGAAAAUUACGUUGCUUGGAAUUUGGGAAAGGAUCUGGUUUUCGGUUUUCCUUGUGGAUGCCCAUUAGUCAAGCAUCAAGAAAAGUUAUUUGUAUAUAGGAGAGAAAGCCCUUCACGUCAGCACGUAGUCCUUAAGAUUGAAUCGAAGGGGACGCCUGUAUCUCAGAGAUUCUUGUUCUUCUUCUCCGGCGAAGGAACGGGAAAGUGCAGAGCGAGACAUGGCUUCCUGGAAUUCAGUUCCACUCGAACUCGCGUACCAAGCAUUGGGUUGGUUCGCUUUUUCCUGCUGGUCCAUCAGCUUCUACCCUCAAGUCUUCUUGAAUUUUCGCAGGAAAAGUGUUGUGGGGCUCAACUUUGAUUUCGUGCUGUUGAAUCUGACAAAGCACUCUUCCUAUCUCAUCCACAACGCCUCUAUGUACUUCAGUUCCGCUGUUCAGAAGCAGUAUAUUGAGGAAUACGGUUCUGGAGAGAUGCUACCUGUGGCGGCAAAUGAUGUUGCUUUCUCCGCCCAUGCUGUGCUAUUGACUGCAGUUACCUUGUUCCAAAUUCUAAUCUACGACCGUGGAACUCAGAAAAUCUCCAAACUUGCCAUUGGAAUUGUCUCUGUAGUAUGGCUUACUGCUGCAGUUUGUUUCUUCUUGGCUUUGCCUACGCGCUCCUCUUGGCUUCUCACUGUAUUCAAGUAUGUUGAUGCUGCUUUAUGAUUAUUUGGCAUCUGUUGGUUUUUAUGCAGAAACUUCAUUUUCCACUCUUUAAGCACUUGAUUCAACACUGCGAAUCCUUACAUACCAAGUAAACAGGGACCUAACUAUGUUAAAGACCCCCCCCCCCCCGUAUUUUUUUGCCGUAUUUAAAUAUGGCUCCUUUGUGCAAUCUUGAGAUCAUUGUAACUUAUCUUCUACUGACAUGCUCUAUUGGCCCAUCAUGAGGGUGUUUUUUUCCCCCCUCCCUUCCCAAUUUUGGUCUCGGUCUUUAUAUGGUAAGUCUGCACGUUACUUACUGGGCAUCAGGUCGGUUCUGUGGUAGGGUAGACUUAAUGAUUUAUGAUGACCUUGGACAUAUGGAAACAUUGCCAUGCUCUUAUUUUGAAGUUUGAAUGUCGAUUUAUUUUUUCUUUUGCCAUUCAUAUGAUGAUUUACUGAGAGCAUGGAGUGUUCCUCGAAAGAUGAUUAUGAUAAAAGGAUUAUUACUAUUAGCAUGUCUGGGAUAUAUUUUAUAAGCAGGGGCCUGACUCAAGUCUCAAAGGAUUACUACUA